UCAGACAGACAAUAUGAGAAAAUGAAUGUGUUUUUUUUGUUUUUUGGAUUAAAGCAUGUAGACAUGUAUCGUUCCUGUGAUGCCCCAGGGCGGGCUGAGCUGCUCGGGGUUGCGAUGCCGUAUGUGGACCGACAGAAUCGCAUCUGCGGCUUCCUGGACAUCGAGGAGAAUGAGAGCAGCGGCAGGUUCCUGCGCCGAUACUUCAUCCUGGACACCCAGCAGGGCAGCCUGCUGUGGUUCAUGGACAACCCUCAGAAUCUGCCUAAAGGUGCAGAGAACGUGGGAUCUCUCAAACUCACCUACAUCUCCAAGGUCAGCGAUGCCACCAAACUCAGACCAAAGGCAGAGUUCUGCUUUGUUAUAAAUGCAGGAAUGAGGAAGUUUUACCUGCAGGCCAACGACCAGCAGGAUUUGGUGGAAUGGAUCAGUGUUCUCAACAACGCCACCAAGAUUACUGUUCCAAAGCCGGGCGAGGGCCAAACAACGGCCCACACAGAGACUCCCCAGGAAGUACUGGGAGCCAUGAAACAGGUCUCCUACAAGACCGAGAUCAUAGGAGGAGUCCCCAUCACCACUACGACACAGGAGCAGGGGGAGGGGCAGACGGAGGCGGAGCGUGGAGGUUUGAAGCGGGGUCAGAGUCAACUGCCCUACUUCCUGUCCAGAGGAGUGCAGGACCAGACCAUCAUCAAGGCCGGAUACUGUGUCAAACAGGGGGCUCUGAUGAAGAAUUGGAAGAGGAGGUACUUCAUGCUGGAAGAAAACGCUCUCAGCUACUACAAAUCUGACCUGGAGAGGGAGGCCCUGAGAGUCAUCCCGUUGAAAGAGAUUCACAAAGUCCAGGAGUGUAAACAGAGUGAUCUGAUGAUGAGGGACAACCUGUUUGAAAUGGUCACCAGCUCCAGAACCUUCUACAUACAGGCUGACAGUCCAGAGGACAUGCACAGCUGGAUUAAGGCCAUUUCAGGGGCGAUCGUUGCUCAGCGCGGCCCAGGACGCUCCGCUAACACUGAACGCAGUGAUCUCUCCUCUCCCUCCCCAACAUCGUGCUCCACCUUCUACUACCCCGACCCGGAACAACACCCGCCACAAUCCUCCUCCUGCUGCACCGUCUCAUCGAGCCCUCAGCUUCACACUGGACUCGCACCAGCAGGACAACUUCCUGGGCAUGCUCCCGUGGAGGCUGAGCGGCGUCCAGUCCGUGAUGAUGCCCCUCCCAUCGGCCCGUUCCCGCCUGUCGCUGCAGGAGACGGUGCAGACCUCAAAGUAACUGAGGAGGACCAGUCGCUGUGGAAACGGCGCAGCCAAAUCACCCGGCGUGGUUUUGUUGGUGGCGGAGAGGAGGAGCUGAACAGUCGUGCCUCUAAGAAAGCUGACGUGCAGAUGACCCUGAUAUGAUGAUGAUGAUGAUUGACAAUAUCUAAAGGACACACACACACACACACACACACACACACACACACACACACACACACACACACACACACACACACACACACACACACCUACACACUUAAAACUGCUCUGUGUGCUUAGAAAACUACCUGAGUGAUCCUUCUACUAAACUUCCUGGGACCAUUUUUUUCCGUAUGUGUGUGCACAUGUGGAAUAGGACCUUCUUCCUCUGCUGUGUUUCUUCCUUCACUCUCGUCUUCCCCGGAUGUUAUUCUUACAGACAGAAACCACGUUGUCAUGCAAAGAAAAAACAAAUCUGUGAUAUUGUUCAGUGAAGUUUUUGAUAUGUUUCAGUAGCGUGAACCCUGCCUCUUCGCUCAGCGAUGGGCUCGUUUCAUGGUUCAUGUAAGAGAUGGAUGAACCAGAGUUUGCAGUCCUGUUGUUUUUUACCGCAGCGGCUCAGAUGUGACAGGCUGCAAAAAGUGGAAUUGUCUGUUGACUGUGUCGACGACGUUGCUGAGAGACUGACUAAUCCAGCUUCUCAGUUUGUUUUUCAAGACAAUCCAGCUUGAUGUUGAAACCUCUUUAAAUCCUAAUUACCGUCUCUUCUCUCUCUCUCCGGUAGAAAUGUGAUCCUGUUAAACAGAUGUUUUAGCGCUUUAGAGCUCCAAAGUCCUGAUUCGCCGAUGUUACAUUUCUAAAGACGUCUCACAUUGUUUUCAUCUUAUCAACCAAGAAAAAAAUUCUGCUGAAUUCCAAGAUUUAAGUCAUAAAUUGUCCCAAAAAAACAACUUUGUUGUUCUCCGAGAUUUUAAGGUCAUAAAUUCGGUAAGAAAAAAAAAAGUCAAAAGUUUAGAAAAGAAACUUGGAAAAAUAAUGUUUUACUUGUUGAGGUGACGUGGAGCUUCUGCGUGGCGCUUCUGUUUAGA